GCUAAAGAUGGGUUAUAUAAUGUUCAGGAUUGGAUUAUAAAUGCUGUUCAGAUGAGAUGUUGAGACUCAAAGCAUCAAGGCCUGUAGGCACCAGCAUAUACUGAGCAGGUUGCAAAUUGAUUGGAAAACAACAGCGUUGCUUGACAUGGAGACUGCAAUGUUCACCUGCUGGCUCCUUUUCCUGCUGUUCAGUCCAGCUGUUCCCAUGUGUUUACCCACUGACUUCACCCUGCAUGUGGAGAAGCCGGAGUGUGACUUCUGCGUGGCCAUCAACACCACCAUCUGCAUGGGAUUUUGCUACUCAAGGGACAGCAACAUGAGGGAUGUACUCAGGCCACGCUUCCUUGUCCAGAGGGGCUGUACCUAUGACAGGGUGGAGUACCGCACAGCCUUGCUGCCCGGCUGCCCCGUGGAUGCCGACCCGGUCUUCACCUACCCUGUGGCUCUCAGCUGCCACUGUGCUGCCUGCAGGACUGACAGCGAUGAGUGCACACACAGGGCCAGUGUGGCCAGAACGAGGUGUUCCAAACCAGUCAGACAUCUCUACCCAUACCCUGGUCAGGGCAACUACAUGAUCCCUUUCUGAUUCUUCUGUUGUUGAUGUCCUCAGCUUGUCUGUUGUUAUUGUUGCAAAAAUGACUAAGCUGAAACUGCAUGAUGCAUGAAUGUUUGGAGAGAAGACUGACGUCAUCCUUUAGCUCAUGUCUGAGUCAAUGAUCUCCGUACUUCCUAUUGUACCAGUCUGUUUCAUUGUGCCCGUGUU